CUCUCCUUCUGUCCAUCUUUGUUUCUCUCGUUCGUUGUCUCAUGUAACGAGCCGUUUACGGCAAUGGAAAUUUUUCGGAUUUUCGAAUUCAACGUUACUGCAUCGUCUCAAUUUGCCACCUGAACGCACGUGCGAUCGUGUUCCUAACCUGCAGCUUACAUAACUCAUAUCAUCUACGAACCAUGCCGUCCGACGCAAAGAAGAAACAACAGCAAAAAAAGAAGGAAGCCGCUAAGGCUAGACAAUCUGGGAAGAAACCACUCCAAACCAAUCAAACAAAACCUGCAGAAGAUAGCAAAGAAGGCAGUCCUGGUUCAGGGGCCCUUCAAAACGGAACCAAUGGAACCCCCCCUAUCAGUACUGAAGAGGCAUUAUGUCUGAAAUUGGAAGCAGACGCUAGACUUAAUGCAGAAGCACGCUCUUGCACAGGUUCAUUGGCUUCGCAUCCACGUAGUCGAGACAUAAAGAUAUCUAACUUUUCUAUAACUUUCCACGGCUGUGAGCUUCUACAGGAUACUAUGUUAGAAUUGAAUUGUAGUAGACGUUAUGGUUUACUUGGUCUUAAUGGGUCUGGAAAGUCUACUUUAUUAGCCGUACUUGGAAAUCGUGAAGUUCCUAUUCCCCAACAAAUUGAUAUCUUUCACUUGACUAGAGAAAUGCCUGCUAGUGAUAAAACAGCUUUAGAGUGUGUAAUGGAGGUAGAUGAAGAGCGCGUUCGGUUAGAGAAACUAGCAGAAGAAUUGAUGGAAUGCGAUGAGGAAGAUGCUCAAGAACAGCUCAUGGAUGUUUACGAAAGAUUGGAAGAUAUGUCGGCCGACACGGCCCAAGCUCGCGCUGCUCAUAUUUUGCAUGGAUUGGGUUUCACUGCAAAAAUGCAAAAGACACCCACCAAAGACUUUUCCGGAGGUUGGCGAAUGCGAAUCGCUCUUGCUAGAGCCUUGUAUGUGAAACCUCAUUUAUUGUUACUCGACGAACCUACCAAUCAUUUGGAUCUUGAUGCUUGCGUGUGGUUGGAAGAAGAGUUGAAGACUUAUAAACGAAUUCUCGUCAUCAUUUCUCAUUCGCAAGACUUCCUUAAUGGCAUUUGUACAAAUAUCAUUCAUGUCAAUAAGAAACAAUUAAAAUACUACACUGGUAAUUACGAAGCCUUUGUGAAGACAAGGAUGGAAUUACUAGAGAAUCAAGUGAAACAAUAUAAUUGGGAACAGGAUCAAAUUGCGCAUAUGAAAAAUUAUAUUGCUCGAUUUGGUCACGGUUCCGCCAAGUUAGCGAGACAAGCUCAAUCGAAGGAAAAGACUUUGGCGAAAAUGGUAGCUCAAGGCCUCACAGAAAAAGUUGUCAAUGACAAAGUAUUAAAUUUCUAUUUCCCCUCUUGCGGAACUAUUCCGCCCCCCGUUAUAAUGGUUCAAAAUGUUAGUUUUCGUUACAACGAAGAUUCGCCUUGGAUCUAUAAAAACUUAGAAUUCGGUAUCGAUUUGGACACCAGAAUUGCGUUGGUUGGCCCAAAUGGUGCCGGCAAAAGUACGCUUUUAAAACUGUUAUAUGGAGAUUUAGUUCCAUCAAGCGGCAUGAUACGUAAAAACAGCCAUCUUCGAAUAGCAAGAUACCAUCAGCAUUUACAUGAACUAUUAGACUUGGAUAUAUCGCCUCUUGAUUACAUGAUGAAAGCCUUUCCAGAUGUUAAAGAACGCGAAGAGAUGAGAAAGAUUAUCGGUCGUUACGGAUUAACUGGUCGUCAACAAGUAUGCCCAAUACGACAAUUGUCUGAUGGCCAGCGUUGCAGAGUAGUGUUUGCAUGGCUCGCUUGGCAAGUACCUCACUUACUCCUUCUUGACGAACCAACGAAUCAUUUAGAUAUGGAAACAAUCGAUGCAUUAGCCGACGCAAUUAAUGACUUUGAUGGCGGAAUGGUACUUGUAUCUCACGAUUUCAGAUUGAUUAAUCAGGUGGCAAAAGAAAUCUGGGUUUGUGAGAAUGGUACUAUCACAAAAUGGAGUGGAAAUAUUUUGAACUACAAGGAGCAUCUUAAAAACAAAGUUCUCAAUGACAACCAAAAAAGGCAGAAGGAAUUAUUUAGAACUAAAUAAUGUGAACAUUAUAUUUUGUUCUGCUCCAUUUCUCUUACCAGUAUACUGUCCCUCCGAUAUAGGAAUCUGCCUCUUACCCCCUCUUAUUUUUGGACAUUUCUUCGUGUCUAGCACUGAAUUUGCGCUGCUGUGUAGCGUUAUCAGUGGUCAAGAAUUUCUUAGCUAAUUUAUUUAAAUAAUAAAGCGAAUUAUUCUGUGACAACAUACAAGAUUAAUCCAUGGUGUAUUUGCCAUGCUAAUAAUUUAGGGAUCCGAUAUCAACAAUGUACUGUGAGAAAUAUAAA